AUGAGCUCUUAUUUUCUAAAUUCAGGACUCAAAAGGGAUGGGUAGUUGCAAUUGAUACCUGAACACAUUCGCUUUAAUUUAACAUAAUUAGCACCCUCUGAUGUUGGGAUAGUUUAAUUUUAAAUAAUUUUAGCAGAGCAGGAAUAAAAUAUCAUCGAAUUACUCGAUAUUCAGGAUAACCUUGGAAAUCCCUUAAUCAAAAUAACAUUGAAAUAAAGAGAGAUUAUUAUUCAAUAUUUGGAUAAUACCUACAAAUUUCCAAUUCAAUAAAUCAUUUUAUACAAAUUGUAUCCAAUAUUUAUAUCCUUCCAUGACGAGAUUACUUUGAUUACAAAUUUUACUAUUCAAAGUCAAAAGCUCGCUUAGAGAUUUACCUACACAUCCAAUAAGAUGGGAUUAUUUUUAGGAAGUAGGAGUAAUUUGAAUGCCUUUACAGGGAUUACAAGAAACUUAUAGAUUAGGUUUGUAAAAGAAAUCGAAUUGAAAACACAAAUAGAAGGUGAGAUAAAGACAUAGAAGAAUAUUGUGGAUGACUUGGAUUAUAUUGAAUCAAUUAAAUAUAAAUUGCCAUUUAGCAAACCUUUAUUAUCAAUAGAGGAGCUGGAUAAUUGGAAACCUAAUGAAGAAUAUGCAAUACUUCCAAUUUAAUAACUGAAGAAAAUUAACAGAACAACAAAUCAACCUCUCUUAGUAUGUCAUGAUAUGUAAGGGGGAUACAAGGAAGACAUUUGGUGCUUUGGAAAUCCAUUGAGAUAAAAUAGUUAUCGCUUUUAUUAUAUGACCCAUUGUGACAUUUUUGUUUAUUUUUCACAUAAUUUUAUUACGAUUCCAAGCAUGCCCUACAUUAACAUUUGUCAUUAAUUCGGCACAAAGAUAUUAGGAACCAUAAUAACAGAAGGAGAUGAUAAUACAUUGACUAAGUAAAUAUUAGACUUAAAGUAUGUGGAUAAACUAGUGCAAAUUUGUUAGUUCUAUAAAUUUGAUGGUUAUCUAUUGAAUAUAGAAACAAAUGUGGAUAAUGUAGAAUUGUUUAUUCAAUUUAUCAAAGAAUUGAGUGAUAAAUUGUAAUCAAUAGGAGCUAUGUUGAUGUAUUAUGAUAGUCAUAAUGCUGAGGGGGUUUUGAAAUGGUAAUCUGAAUUGAAUGAAGACAAUAUGAAAUACUUCUAAGCUUGUAAUUACUUUUUCAGUGAUUAUCAUUGGAAUUUGAAUAAAUUGGCCAACACAGAGAAGAAUGCUGGAAGUCAGAAGAAUAAUGUUUUUGUAGGAAUUGACAUUUGGGGCAGAGGAUAAUAUGGAGGUGGAUAAUUCGAUAGUUAUGUUGCAUUGAAGGAGAUUAAGAAAGCAUAAUUAGCCACAGCCAUUUUUGGUUAGGCUUGGACUUACGAAACCUCGAAUGAUAGUCGAUCAUAGUUUAUUCAAAAUGAUAAUUCAUUAUGGCAAGGGAAGAAUACAGUAUCACUGUUUGAUAAACAUAAAAAUCAAUGGGUAAUUACAUCUAAUGGGGGAUCUGGAUGGAAAGUUGUGCAGGAAAAUGGAGAGGAAAUUGCAAUUACAUCCUUUGAUUGGUGUAUAAGGACUUAUACAAUUUAGUUGAACUUAGUGUCUUCUAACAAGGGAGGUAUUAUACAAUUCAAUGCAAGAGUCAAAGGAACUGGACCUAAAUUUGAUGAUUUAUAUCUGAUUGGUAUCGAGUUAUAUGAUAGAUAAAAUAAAUGUAUUGCUAGUAUUGAUUCAUUCUCUACAAAGGUGAACAAGAAAGAAAUUCAAUUUAAUGCUGAAAAUGUUAAUGUUGCUGAUGAUAAAUGGAGAGAACAUACUUUAAGUAUCAAAACUACUGAUGAUACAUAAUAUGUCAAAUUUAUAGAGGUAGGAAAAGAUGUGGAAUUAUGGGGUGGCAAUUAUGGUACUUAAUUCACUGGCGAAUCUAUGGUUUAUAUUAGUUAUGACAGUAACAAGGAUUUAUUGAGGAUGAUUAAACCAAGAACUUAUGAAGAAUUCCCUCUACAGACCUACUAUAAUAAUGCAGUUGGAGAAGCAUAUUAUAUUGAUGGUCAAAAGUUUACACAUUAUAAGGGAUACUAUGAUAAUUUGAACGAUUUUGAUUAUUCCUUAUCUUAUCCCACGAAAAAGAUCGUGAGUCAAGACAUUCAAGAUAAUUGGGAAAGUAGUAUCUGCUUUAGUGAUGCAUGGAAUGGAAGCAGUUGUAUCAAGAUCAAAGGUGAUUUGCAAAUUCAAAAGAGCUUUCUCAUCAAAUUAUUUAAGACCAGGAUUGAUCCUUAAGGGAAUAUAACUGCUAGUAUCAACAUAAAGAAUUUCGAUAAGAAGAUUUUAUCAAUGAGUUUAGUUUUAAAAUUUGGAGACAAGAUCUUAUAGUAAUUUAAACCAACAAAGAUACUUACAAACUAAGGUUGGGAUAUUGCUUAAUACACAAUUGAAAAUCCAGGUUAAAGUUUGAAAUCUGUUUAUCUUAAAAUUGAGAAUAUUUCUUAACAAUAGUAAGCAGUCGAUGGGCUUAUUGGUGGCUUAGCCAUUUAUGAUGAUAACUACAUUGAGUAAAUGAAGACUACCAAAGUAGAUUUCAAAGACCCAACCAAAUACAUCAAGAAUAUUUAGUUGAAGGAGAGCGUUACAAAUCUCUAUGAUUUAUAUAUUUAAUUUGACUUAGGAGAAUUGGAACCACUCCUUAAAACUAUUAGAGUCUUUAAUGACAAGCAAUGGAUUGGAAAUGUAAGAUCUAAUUAUGCUUAUUUCUCUGAACUUGCUCUUGAUGGAAACGAUAUGAUUAUCAAAUUGUAGAUUAUUUUACACAAUGGAAACCACAUUAAGGCCGAAUCUGUCAAACCAUUUAUCCUUAAUUCAGAUAAAAUUAUUAGAUUGCCAUGA